AUGGGCGAUAUUCUGACCCGAGCAGGUAUGACUGAUUGCAAACCUCUGGCAACUCCAACUGUUGUGACGCAGGCUGUCACUCCAUCAACUAAACCGUUCAAUAAUCCCACACGGUACCGUCGUAUAGUGGGGGCCCUGAAAUACUUAACUAUCACUCGACCGGAUCUUUCCUAUGCGGUGAAUCGGCUGUGUCAGUUUAUGCAUUCCCCCACCAAUGACCACUGGUGGCUGCUUAAGUGUGUCUUACGUUAUGUAAAGGGCACGCUGGACUACGGUUUACGCUUAUCAGCUUCAUCCUCUUCCAACAUUCAUGUUUUUUCAUAUUCAAACUGGGUCGGGUGUCUGGUUGACAGGAAGUCAACCAGUGGUUACGCAGUAUUUCUCGGGUCCAACCUCAUCUCUUGGCUUUCCCGCAAGCAACGCACGGUGGCUCGCUCUUCGACUGAAGCUGAAUACAAGGGGCUAGCUACUGUAUCAGCCGAGGUGACGUGGGUUGUUUCGUUAUUACGAGAGCUCGGUCUGCAUUCAGGACACCCAGCCACUCUUUGGUGUGACAAUCUUGGUGCAACGUAUCUCACUGCCAACCCCGUCUUCCACGCAAGGACUAAACAUGUCAAGAUCGAUUAUCAUUUCGUCCGGGAUAAGGUUGCCUAUGGGGACUUCGUGGUUAGUUUUGUGUCUACAAAGGAUCAGCUGGUCGAUAUCUUCACGAAGCCGUUGCCAGCUCCUUGA